AUGGGAACUGUCGUCCACCAGGCGACAUCGACAGCACCUGCAGAGCCAGCGGCGCCGGCGGCGGCAGGUUUGGAGGAGUGGUUGAUGCACCAGGAGGUUCGCCGCGCCGGUCCCUCUACUGAGCAAUUAGCGCUUUUGGAGCUUCUGGCACAGCAACAGCUGCAGCAGCCGCCGCAGCAGCAGCAGCAGCAGCAGCAGCAGCAGCAGCAGCAGCAGCAGCAGCAGCAGCAGCAGCAGCAGCAGCAGCAGCAGCAGCAGCAGCAGCAGCAGCAGCAGCAGCAGCAGCAGCAGCAGCAGCAGCAGCAGCAGCAGCAGCAGCAGCAGCAGCAGCAACAACAACAACAGCAGAUUCCCCCGGGAGUGCUUCUGGCGCUUCUUCAGCAGACCCUUCUAGGCGCCUCCAGACCUCGUGGGCCCGUCAACCAGGGCCCCAUAAAUCAGGGCCCCUUAAAUCAGGGCCCCAUAAAUCAGGGCCCCAUCAGUCAGGGCCCCAUCAGUCAGGGCCCCAUCAGUCAGGGCCCCAUCAGUCAGGGCCCCAUCAGUCAGGGCCCCAUCAGUCAGGGCCCCAUCAGUCAGGGCCCCAUCAGUCAGGGCCCCAUCAGUCAGGGCCCCAUAGAUCAAGGCCCCAUCAGUCAGGGGCAGCUUGGGGUUGCGGCUGGAUCGACUCAAAAGUCAUUUGGUUACAGGCAUGCUGCUGCUGCUGCUACUCCAGCAAUGGACGGUGCUUUGGGGCGCGGGCCCCAGGAGACGGCCACCAGUGCGGACAGCAGCAAUGCUGCUGCCACUCGCCUCACGCCACGUUUGCCCGAGCAUGUCCAGGUGGAGUGGCGGCCGCGCACACGAACCCGAUGCGACGCCGGCGCCAUCGCGAGGGGGGUGAUCAAACCGCGGAGCAUGAAGGAGAGGCGGCGGCGAGACAAGAUCAGGCAAGCCACCUCCAUCCUUUUCCCCUCGCCUUCUCCCUCCUCCCUUUCCGCCGCGUUUCCCUAUUUCCCCUCCCUUUUCCCCCACCCCGUUCCCCGCUGCUCGACCAGCAAUGGGCUGAGCCAGCUGAGCCUAGUACUUCCUGCCGUGCGGAUAGUGACACACAUAGUGACUUUUGAGUCGACUCAAAAGUCACCUAGCAAUGGGCUGGGCCAACUGAGCCUAGCAUUUCCUGCCGUGCGGCUACUGGCACACAUUCCAUGGUUCCAUCGCCCCUCCUCUCUCGCCCCUCCUUCCCCCCCUUCCUUCCCCGCCUUUCCUUCUCCUCGUGCCUUUUCUCCCCACCUUUUUCCAACCUCCGCCACCCCCGCCCCCUUCACGAGCAGCGAUGGGUUGCGGCAGCUGAGGCAAGCACUCCCCGCCAUGCUGCUUGGGCCACGGCAGGACAUGGCGUCGAUGAUUGAAGCGGCCAUCCACCAUAUUGGCAAUCUCGAGGAAAUAGAGGCGGAUGAGGAUGGAGAUGGAGGGGAAAGGGGUUCCCAGAAGGAAACUGUGAGUGGAUGUGAGAUGCCUAGGAGCGGGCUUCGGGAUGUGAAGGCGGAGGAAAUGGAAGGGGAAAUGGAAGAAGACACCGAAGGCAGCUCGGAAAAUGAGGAAGAUGCAGACAACAAUGAUGGCCACGAUUCACGCAUCAACAUUCAAGUUAAAGAGUAA